AUGAAGAAACUUACCUUCUUUCUUCUUGUCAUUUUUCUACUUGAAAUAACAAUUUCUGUUGACUCUCAAAAUCCAGCACUCUUGAAAUUUGUGCUUCAAUGGCCACCAACUUAUUGUAUAGGACUGAAUUCUGCAGCACAACCAGGCAGGUGCAAAGAGCCAAUUCUUCAGCAUAAUUUGACACUCCAUGGAGUUUGGCCAGCAGAUCAAAGAGGAAUUAGUAUUACAUGCACUGCACCACCAGAUCCAAAUUGGAAUCAACUGUUUACAACGACUAUAGAGAAUCAACUGAUGGCGUUCUGGCCACCACUUAGAGAAAACUCCCAAAAAAGGGACCUAUGGAAGCACGAGUGGCGCGCGCAUGGAGCAUGUGGAGGAACAACACCACAAGUAUACUUCAACAUAGCAAUAAGGAUCAACAACAUGCUUCAAAAGGGCAACUUGUUCAAUUACUUGAAAACAAAUGGGAUUAUUGCUUGUGAUAGCUUGUCUUUUGCUAGAAAAGAUAUUGUUGAUGCUAUUCGAAAGGUGUUUGUUGUAACUCCUCCUCCCUCUCCUCCUCCUCCCCGUUCCCCUCCUCCUCCUUCUCGUUCCCCUCCUCCCCGUUCCCCUCCUCCUCCUCCUCGUUCCCCUCCUCCCCGUUCUCCUCCUCCACCUCCCCUCCUCCUCCCCUUGAUGUUUACCUAA